AUGGGUUGGCGUGGUGCCGGAGGUAGCGGCGCUGCUAGCAUGCAAGUUAUCCCCAUCUUCUCUUUCAUCCAUCUCCUGCUCGGCUCCUACUUCUUCUUCGGUGGUCUCCUCAUGUUUGUCGGCGGCCUCCUCGAAUGGAUCCUCGGCAACACCUUCCCCUCCGUCGUCUUCCUGACCUUCUCGGCCUUUUGGCUCAGUUUUGGCGCCACCCUCGUCCCGGAUUUCCACGCCUACGCGGCCUACGCGCCCGCGGACGCGAUCUCGGUCGCCGAGGGCCUGCAGACGCGCGGCUUCAAUGCCAGCUUCGGCUUCUUCCUGCUGGCCAUGAUGCUGCUCUGCCUCGUGUACCUCGUCUGCUCCCUGCGCACCAACGUCGCCUUUUUCAUCAUCUUCCUGACGCUCGUCCUCGGCUUCGGCCUGCUGACGGGUGCGUACUGGGCUCUAGCAUCUGACUAUACCGGCAACGCCGCGUUCGCAAACAAGCUGAUCAAGGGCGGUGGGGCCUGUUACUUCGUGACCUGUCUCGCCGGGUGGUGGAUCUUUGUGGCUAUCCUGCUGGCCGUGUUGGAGUUUCCCUUCCAGCUGCCCGUGGGCGAUCUGAGCCAGCUGUUUGCCAAGAAGGAGGUUCGCAAUAAGAGCAAUGUCUGA